UGCUUCCUGCCAGCUGCAAAAAAAAAAAAAAAUUCCAGUCUUGUGGUUAGUUGUCAGCAUUUCCAUAGAAGAAACAUUUGUGAGGGUAGGGUGGAGGUUAUCUUAAAAGAAAUUAAACGAAACAAGCAAAACAAGGAGGAAGGAAGUUACAAAACUGUGAGGAAACAGAGCAGGCCUUGAGAGGGAUUUUGCAUUAUACAGAAGAGGACGGACUCAGGAGGGCCUUGUCUUGUUACCUUCAGAAACUGGAGACAAAGAAGUAAGAAAUAAGGCAAAGAUCACAACAACGCUUUUAAGUAGUAUGUAUACUUAUAUAUAUGUAUAUGUAAGUAAGUCUGUAUAAGUAGUCACUUCUUCACAUACAACAGGGCCUAGAGUUCUUCAGAAGGCAUUGCCCAUGUAUAGCUUAAGAUCGCAUUUACUUCACCCAGAGGAUGACAAAUAAAGGACGUCUACUUGCUGUAGCGAUAAUUAUGUAGCUUUGUAUUACUGAUUAGAUGACCAAAUUAGUCAUCAAAUUCGUUUCUGCAGUGGUGUUGAACUCAAGUUCCUGAUGAGAUUUGUACUUUCUAGUACAAGAUCUCCCUUCCUCACAGCUUAAUAAUCGAAGUUCGACCAAAAUAGUUCCCUAACAAGCUGGCUAGCUAUAAGUAUUUAUUAGCAUCUUAAAACUUCUAUAGAUUGUUGUUGUUUGGUUUUGGAUUUUUUUUUUAAAUUACAUUGCUGCUAAAAAAAAAAACGGUAGCACGUAUUCCCUAAUUCUCAGCCAUAUGAUCACUUGCAUUAUUUCCAGCAAAUGUGUGACUGUUUGAUAUGAAUCAGUGAUCUCAUUCACUUGUAAAGAGCAGUGCAGGAAAGAUUAUAUACAGUCUUGCAUACUGCAUGGCAGCACAGUUCCACCACACAGUUUUUCACAUGGAAAAACUGCUGAUCAUGUCAGUUACAUCUUAAAUAACAUUUGGUUGUAUCCCAAACUGCUGUUCCUCACUCCACAGCUUUUUCUUCUGACCACUGCUCUGUCUGCCAUAGGCUAAAUGUAAGUGGAAUAUUACAAAAGUCUUUACACAAACAUCAGUAAAGAUCAGCGCUGUUUCCAUAUUUAGGACUUCCUCAACCCCUAGAGCCACUCCUCAAAGAUCUCCACCAGCUGCCCUGCUCAGUGUCAAGAAGAUGUUUUUUCUUACAAUUCUGCUGUUUUCCUACCUUCAAAUGUCUCAUCAGAUUCAGAAAACUACAGCAAAUGGCAAAGAGAUGCUGUCCAAUCCCAGGCUCAUGUCUGUUCAGAGGACUUUGAAUGUAGUGAUGAACCAGAACGUGAGCCUCUCCUGCCACUCAGACUCUGGAUCUCCACCUGUCACAUACACAUUGUUUAAGCACAAUCAGAAGGUAUCCACUUUAAACAGGCCAGACUUGACCCCCGCUUUGUUUAACUUGACUAUCAACUCUGCCAGUGAUGUGGGUGAAUACAAAUGCAAAGCUGAGAAUAAAGCCUCCAGUGACGGGAAAUACAGCAACAGUCUCAACUUCACCCUUAUAGAGCCAAUUUCCAAACCAGUGCUGAGCUCACCCACCUCUCAAGCAAAGAAAGGCCAGAAUGUGACCCUGUCUUGCCUCUCGGAGAACGGCUCUCUUCCUAUCACAUACGUCUUCUUCAAAGGAAAACAAAACAUCUCUCCCCCAGUGAAGAUGCACAAGAGGGAAGCAGCUGUGAUUUUUCUAUAUAUCAGUUCCUCUAGUGACUUUGGAACCUAUAAAUGCAGAGCUGGAAAUAGCUUUCGCAAUAAUACAAAAUACAGCAACAGUUUCAACUUUACAGUAGCAGAAGAGAGAAGCCAUUCUCAACCCCUGAUAAUUUCUCUUGGGCUGAUCUUACUACUACUCAUAAUAGGAUUUGCUCUCGCAAUUCCGUUUUUCAUAAUUCCCUCAUAUAAAGCAAAAAAACUUAAGUCUACCAGGUCCUCAACUGGCCUUACUUCACCAGUGAAUGCAGAAGACGCUGAAAGCUACGUCAUAUACACAGAGAUUGAGCCUGUUACAUCAGAAGAAUACGUCAACUUUCCUAUUAUAAGAAGAGAAGAUGAAAAAGAGAAGGCGGCAUGCCCUACAGUCUAUUCAACAGUCUUCACUGGAGACUAAGUACAAGCUGGACCACUCCAUUCUCUAGGGUGGAAUCGGUUAUCAAGACGGUGAAGAGAACGCUCAUCUCGUCAUACCUGCAAAGAAAAGCGUACAACUGUUACUGCUUUUGGUGUACAACGAACUCAGA